GGGGUGGUUUGGCUGGAGGUGAAAGGGGGUGUUGGCCGGAUCAUGACAGCUGUAAUUUACCCUGUACUGGGACAGCCAUGGAAGGUGUCACUGCUCUUUCCCCUAGCUCCUUGCUGCUCUAGCCUCACCCCAAAGACAGUGGUGCUGACCUGGCUGCUGAGUCCCACUUCUUUUUGUGUUCAUUUCCUUUAAUGACACAGAGUGAGCUUCCCCCAAGGGGUAGGGAAUGGUCGCAAGGAGGGGGCUGUGCUGUGCAGAGAGAUUUUUGGGGUGCAUGGAGCCAUAUGAGUUUCCUUCAUCCUCCCUUCUGCAAGAAGUUGUCAGUCCCUGGGACUGAAGGCCAGACUUUCAAAAACUCACAUUUAGGGACCCAAGUAAGGGCUGUAUUCUCCACUGCUUUGCACCUUGUUUAAUCACUCAUGCAUAUUCAAAGUGCGUGUAAAACUCUACUGUUUUGCUUUAGUGGAGUUUUUACAACUGUUUUGCACUGGGGUAAAUGAUUGCAUAGGUACAAAGCAGUGGAGAAUCAAGUUGUAAAAAAAUUGAUUUGCAGUCAUAUCCAUCACUUGAAAGCUGGAAACACACACCCUCGAACUGCAUUGAAAUAUUAUAACUUGGAGGGGUUUCUGGAUUAAUGGAAUGGGGGUAAAAAUGGUGGCAUUGCUGGAGGUAUUGAAGUCUGUAUCACCUUUCCCACAGAAUAUGUAAAAACACAGUUACAAUUGGAUGAAAGAGCAAAUCCCCCUCGGUAUAGAAGCAUUGGUCACUGUGUGAGGCUAACCGUUCAGGAGCAUGGUGUCAAGGGUCUGUACAGGGGCCUAAGUUCUUUGUUGUAUGGCUCUAUUCCAAAAUCUGCUGUCAGGUUUGGAAUGUUUGAGUUCCUCAGUAAUAUUGCAAAGGAUUCAAAUGGGAAAUUAGACAACAAAAGGAGUUUACUUUGUGGCCUUGGAGCUGGUGUUGCAGAAGCUGUCCUAGUCGUCUGUCCAAUGGAAACUAUAAAGGUGAAGUUCAUUCAUGAUCAGUCCUCUUUAAAUCCAAAGUACAGAGGAUUUUUCCAAGGUGUCCGGGAGAUUGUUCGGGAACAAGGCUUACGUGGCACAUAUCAGGGGCUGACAGCAACUGUCCUCAAACAAGGUUCAAACCAGGCUAUCCGUUUCUUUGUGAUGACUUCCCUUCGCAAUUGGUAUCUAGGUGAUAAUCCCCACAGAAAGGUGAAUCCAUUUAUUACAGCUGCAUUUGGUGCUACUGCAGGAGCAGCCAGUGUCUUUGGCAAUACUCCAUUAGAUGUCAUCAAAACCAGGAUGCAGGGCCUGGAAGCCCAUAAAUAUAAAAAUACACUAGAUUGUGCCUAUCAGAUCCUCAAAAAGGAGGGCUCAUUAGCAUUUUACAAAGGAACAGUUCCCCGUCUUGGUCGAGUCUGUUUGGAUGUAGCAAUUGUGUUUGUUAUUUAUGAAGAAGUAGUCAAUGUUCUCAACAAGGUCUGGAAAACUGCCUGAUGCUGCUUGUAUAAGUCUAACGAGGACAUUUUGGAUAGCUGGCUAGCCAAGGCCAAUGAGUGCAGAUCUAAAUUGAACUUAUUGCCUAUGGUUUAUUAUCAAAGGUGUUUGAAAUGCAAAAACUAUCACUCCGUCCUCAUUCUUUAAAGUGACAAAACUGUAAUCCAAACAUUACACUACUUCAAAGUUUAUAAGUUGUAUGGUGUAGAGAAAAGGUUAGUAGGGCAGUAUUACUAACUGCAUACAUACUGGCUCCUAACACAGCUGAAAUUGAUGAUCUUGGUAGGCAGAAAACCAAUUACAGUAAAAACACUUGGCUGGAUUCUGCUGUUUACAUGAGUGUAUCUCUGGAUUAAUUUUAUUGACCAUUAAACUCCAAAGAGGCCCCAUCUAAACACAAAGCUGUGUCAAACAACUAAAAGCUUUUUGUUUGGUUUUAAAUGGAUUUUAGUUACUGUUAACUCGUGUAUGGACACUCUCUCAUUUAAUUUAAACCUGGCUUAUAUAGAUAAUUUUUACCUUGACGCAUAAACUAGUUUUAAAAGUGCACUGGUUCCAAAACAGAUUUAGGUAGUCUGAUUUUUAAACAUGUGCAACUUGUGUGUAUAGACAAGGCUUGAGUGCCUUCAGUAGAGUUACUGUUUACUUACACUGGUAUAAAUGAGAGCAGAGUCUGCCACACUGUUCUUGAAAGAUCACAUAUGCUGAAAAAUGGGAGAAGGGAACAAACUUUCCAUGCUGGCUGACAGUAUCUGUCAGGCUGAAUAGCAACUGUGUAAAUAGGGGUUUUGGUUUUUUUUGUUUGGUGGGGUUUUGGUUUUACUUUUGAGUUUGAUUUCUGGGCCAGGAGGAAGCUGCCUUUUGGGCUUCUGCUGUGGAGAGAAUGUUGGACCAGCUUUCUGAUCUGAGGCACUAGAAGCGGCAAGGAAUGCUUGGGACCAGAUCACUGGCCUAUAAUAGGGAUGUAAAUAUCAGUUUAAAAAGUUAACCGGUUAAAUGAUUUAAAUUAUAUUGUUUAAUUGGUUAACCGAGGUCACUCCGGGGCAGGGGGCCCACUGGCCGGGGCUGGGGUUGUGCUGGGGUUAACGGUUAAGGUCCAGUUAACGGUCAGCGUAAUGCUUACCGGCUAACUGUUUAAUCUUUUACAUCCCUACUAUAUAAGGGCCCAGUCCUGCUAUAUUUACUUAAGUAAAGCUCAUGUUGAGUUCAGUGAGUCUUACUUGAGUAAGGACUGUAGGUCUAGCACUAUUCUAAAAUUGCAGAAUAAAGUUUCCAAAACUUCUGCAGUGUUUUAUGCUCUGUAUGUAUUCUGGUAACUUUACUUGGCCAUUGCAGUCUUACUGGAGAUCUGGCCCCAGAUUUCACUAACCCCUGCUUCCAGGUUCUUGAGGGACAUCACUGAAAGUUGCUCUGAUGUUCUGUCUGGAAUAGGAACUCAGGGAGCUGCAUCUUCAAGGGUUAGAUAAUGCCCUAAAACAUAUUUUGUAGUCUUGUAUUUAUGAACAGAUAAGUAUGUUGGUUCUUAAUAUAUGCUUUAGUAAUCAGCCUGCCAAACUGGAACACUGAGCAUGGCAAAUGGGGUUUUUUUCCCUGAAAGAGAGAAUAAACUUGUUCUUCAAAAAUGA